AUGGCCAUCCAACCCCAAAGUCCAACUACAGCUCUUGUUCCAACUCCAGCUCCUCCAAUACAAGCUCAAGCUCAAGCUCCGUCCUCCACCGACAUAGGACAAGUCGUGGAAAAGGAAGAGCAAGAAACCUCACCACCAAAAGAAUUCUCCAUCCUCAUCUCCUCAGCCGGCAACUGGACGAAAUUUCUCAUCGAAUCGCCCUCCUCCUCUUUAUACAUCCGCUACCCACCGGCCGCCGGCUUCCUGCGCAUAUCUCUCCUUUUCAACCGCAUCGUACUCGUCGCAACGGGCUCUGGUAUCGGUCCCUGA